CGCGAGUGAAACGCUGCAAAGGCGGCAACAUGACGUGUGGUGGUGGCCAGAGCGACCACGAAGACAAGCAACUCUUGCACUGGGUCAACUCGCUGCCGGUGGCCAGCUGCCUCCUUGUCGACUCGUUCGACCAGCUUCGGUCGGGCGAUGUCUUUUGCGACAUCUUCCGCCUCGUCCACCACAAUGAGAACGACGGGGUGCGCGUGAUCCUCGGGCCGCCCGCGCAGAAGCUGCAAACCGUGCUCACGUCGGUGCUGCAACUGGUCUCGGCCGCCGAGUGGAGCCACCGCUACCUCUUGCGGGAGCCGGAGACCAUCUUGGACAUCCUCGACGGCUCGCAAAUAGCGAUCGCGACCCUACUACGCGCACUCAAGAAGCGCUGGGAUCUCGUGGCGCGGCAGGUGCAGCACCGCGACAAACUCGACGCCCAGCUCCAGCGCCAAAUCGAAAAACAGCUGCCGUUGCCAGCCGCGGCUCGUCAACCCAAGUCACCGCCGCAUGGCUGGAACCCGUCGACACAGCAGAGCGUCAAAGCAUCUACGAAGCGGGUGCCCGAGACCCCUAGCGCCCGACCGUGCGCGCGGUCAACGCCCAACAGAGGGCACCGCCGCAUGGUGGACGCUGCCGAUGCCCCGUACGACCCAAGAGCUUUGGGUGCGACGCCCAAGACGACUCGGGCGACCGAUCUCGCAGAGUUCUCAGCGCACAUGGCCGAAACCAAGCGAGCGACCGCCUUUGCGAUCUGCAAGUGGAUUCGAUCGCUCGGCAUUGCACUCGGCUUUGAAGCUUCGCUCGAAAAGGCGACGGCGUCGAGCUUCCUGACCUCGGCCGCCAAUGCUUUCAAAGAUGGCGUGAUCAUUUGCCAACUCACGGCCGUUGCCGUCUACCAUUUGGGAGCGUCGUCCGCCAAAGCCAAGCUGCGCCCUGUGGCGGCGCAACCCGGUACGUUCGUCCCGCAAGGCUGCUGCUUGCAGCCGGUCACGCUCGCCCAGAAGCGACACAACCUGCAGCUCGCCCUCCACCUGCUUCGCGAGAUCCCAGAAGUGACGCACCCGGUCGUGUGCGCGCUAGAUCUUUACGACCCGCUCGCAUCGGCCUUUGACAAGCACAUCUGGACGCUUCUCCGCGUGCUGUACAAGCUGAGCCGCAACAAGGAGCGUAGUCCGCCGCCGUCGCGGGACCGCCCAGUCCCAUCACCGCCACCCGCCCCGCCAACGGAACGCAGUGGCAGUAAGAACGAGGUGGUGUUUCCCAGCGUGUCGUCGGAGCAAGUACACGCAGUGCGCGACUGGCUACAGCACCUCGGCCUCGAUGCGUCGUCGACGAGCACGGGACUGCUCGCCGAUCCGUACCGCAAUGGCAGCUUUCUCUGCGACGUGCUCAACCGUUUGGUGGCGCGGGACCGAGAACUCACGUUUCACCGGUCGCCAAAGACGCUGCACCAGGCCAAAGCCAAUUUGCAAGCCGGUUUCCAUUGCUUGCACGCACAGCGCAUCUCGCUGCCUCCUCUCUACUGGUCGCUCGAGCACGGGUACGGCCUUCUAAAGGGGCACUUCCACGCCGUCUACGGCUUUUGGUGGCACCUGCAGCAAUCGCUACAGGCAUCGACGCCGGUGACGCCACCCGCGCCACCCGCCAUUGGCCACGAGCUAGGAACACGCAAGAUUCUGGUCGCCGAGUGGCUGCGCGCCAAAGGCUUUCUGAACGACCUACGCACUAUUACAGCCACGCAGCAGCAUUGGUCGUUUGAGAUGCUCAAGCCGUGUCUGGUCAACGGCACCCUCUUGCUGGCGAUGGCGUUGGCCCUCACGCAGAGCAGGAAUGGAGUAUGUCACGUCGUGCUCGAUCCAAUGCCAACAUCCGUGGCGCGGGCGCACAUUGCAGAGGCGCUCGAGCAUUUGCGGUCGAUGCCGUCGAUGCCCCAGCGCUUUCUCUGGUGCGAAGACAAGGUGCGAGCUGGCGACGACGUCGUGCUGCUGGGGCUUUUGGAGGAUCUACAAAGCCUCGGCGACACCCCCGAGGUGGCGGCGCCGCGACGAGGCUUGCCACGCGCCGUGGUCUCCACCGCCCACUUGCUGCCGAUUCGAGAAGAGGACGAUGACGACGCGACUGAUGCGGGAAGCACGAACCUCGAGUGCGUGCACACGCAAGCGGCGAUCUCGAGCUCGCGCCAAUGGCGGGAGAUCGAUAUCGACACGGACUUCGACUUGCUGCCGCGCGCCCACGCAGACGGGUUUGAGAUCGAAGAGGAAGCGCGGCCACCGUCACUGCCGUCGCCUCAGGCGCCGCCUCAGUUCAUCCGACGACAGUCCAUGGGACCGCAACCCGUCGUCGCCAAUGCUGCGCUACCGGCCGUCGAGACCGAGCUUCUCACUACGUGGCUUGAGCAUCUCCAAAUCAAACCGAUUCCGCGCCUUGAAGUAGUCCAACCGUUGAAAGCUUGAUUCAAGACGGCUCGUAGGGCGCUACGCUGGACGAGUUUCGCGACGGCCUUUUGCUCGUAGAGGUCAUCGAGAAGGUCGAGCACAUUCGUGUGCUCGAGGGUGUGUGCCGACAGCCCAAAGGCAAGAAAGCGCCAUGCCUCCACAAUAUCAAAAAAGUGCUCGACAUUCUGCGCCUCAAAAAGACAAUGCCGCUGGUUCUCUUACGCAAAGACCGUGAGAUUUACGCCGGGGACCGCGCUGUUAUCUUGACGCUGCUGGAUCAAAUCCGCAAGGCGUAUGGGUACCAGCAUUUAGUCGUCCACUCGAAACCAAGCGGCGCGUAGCUUUUUAUCGAUUAUACGUCCACGACAUUGGAGUUGCAUUGUAGUAACAACGCUAUAGACAGUUAGACAGCGU